AAAAUAAAGACAAGAUGGCAAUAGGAGGGUUUAAUAUUCUUGGAAUUGUGGUCGUUGGUGUACUGAUUGCGUGUUUUUGAUUCGCGCUUUAUUAUUAUUCCAAGUUCUUUCAAAUAAUAUCAUUUAAAAUCAGGAUUGUGCUUAAAAAUACAGUGAGAAAGGGAUCAAACUUCAAAAGUUUGUAUUUUCCUCUCAGAGAUGAUGUAAAGAAAACUGAGAUGUACACUUGCCUCGAGAAAGUAUAUCGCAGAGAAGUCAUUAAAAGGAAAAACUUCUAUUUUAGGAACGUUUUAGUGCUCAUGAUAGAAAGAUUCCACAGGCCAUUUUAUCUUCCGUUUCGAAAUAAGGUCAUUGAAAAGCUGAUCUUAUUAAGACCCCCAACUAGCUUCUACUGGAUUUCAUAUCUAUCUAAUCUCAUCUUCCUGUGGUCAUUGGCUAUUCUAAUAGUCGGGGUUCAGUCAAACAGUGGUGUGGAAGUCAGCAUUAUGCAAGCUAUCGAGUGGUCUAUCUUGGUUGCCUUACUUGGAAGUCUUAUCACAUUCAUAUAGUGACAUAUUUCUGUCACAGGUAUUAUGCUAAAGAGGUCAAACGUGUCUUCUACACAGAACUCCAGGAAGAACAAGAACGCAUAUUCAAGCAAGCUUUUGUGGGCAAGCUUAUUCAACUUAAAGACAAGCAUUCUGAAACAGACGGAAGUCGGGAGCACAGUCAGGACGUUCAGAAUGAAGAGAGAGAAGAUCUCAAAAUUUCUAUUGAAAAGGAGUCUCUGACACAACAGAAUGGCAAAAUGGCUGUCAUCAACAGAUUCUUGAAAAACCCUCAUCGUGAUUGGAAGAAAAGAGAGGAAUAUGGAAAAUCAUUAAUUCAGCAUAAAAAUUCUUAUAAAGAACAGUCAAUUAUGAACAUGCACACCAAAAGGAUUAAUGUUCUUGAAGAAUAUAGGGCUCUAGAAUUGCUUUCUCUGGGUACAGCCGGAAAACACAAAUGGCAGAAGAAAGACCAGGACUCUGAGAGCAGUGUUGAACAAAUAGACGUUAAAUCAAACCAGUUUGGAACUACAUUAUACGGUAAAACUGCUUCUGAGUUCUUCUCAUCUGCCAAAGAGAUCAAAUAUAUGUUGAAGACUGAUCAGGAGCAGGUGGGAGACCGCCCUCUGUUCAACAGUGAGCUGAAAAGAACCAAUAUGAGCAAAGUAAACUGGAUUAACUACAUCUUGGCUCCAUUCUUGAUACUUUGUUCAGGACUUUGUGCUUGCGCUAUGUAUACAUUUGAAGAUAAUUUUGCUAGAGCAGUCUUCAUCAUGGUUAUUGUUGGGUAUAUUCUAGAUUGGCUGGUGUUCAGAUUCAUCUACAUCUUGGCAUUCAGUUUGUAUAAGUACCUGAGACAUCGUAAAAGUUGAUUUAACUCUAAGGGAAUUUAUUGUGAAAGUGAAGUAGAAGUUGCUAUGGAAGUCCAAAGACUGCUCAAAGCUAGAAAAAUCAAAAGGACUCGCAGGGAAGAAGAGCGUAUACGUCAAGAAGAAGAAAAGAAAAGACUUGAGCAAGAGAGACUUCAACAGCAAGAGGAAGGAGAAGAGGCACCUCUUGAUGAGAUUAGAGAAGAAGAUGAGCCAGAUGAAACUGUUGAUGGAAAUAAAGAGGAGACUAAAGGAGACGAAAAAGUAUUCGGAGUAUCUCUUGUAGAUGGAAGCAGUUCUCCUAAAAAUGGAAAGAAGAGGAGGAAAAAUAAGAAGAAAUCUGAAAAGUCACCUAGAGGAAGAUCUCCCAAAUCAUCAAAAAGAAACUCUCCAAAAUCCAAGAAGUCCCCUAAAUCAAAGAAAUCCCCUAAAUCAAAGAAGUCUCCUAGAUCGAAGAAGUCUCCUAAAUCCAAGAAGUCGCCUAAAUCUCCCAAAUCUCCUAAGUCCCCAAAAUCUGUAAAAUCAUCCAAAUCACCGAAGUCACCUAAACCAAAAUCUCCAAAGAGCAAGCCAGGAAAAUCCCCCAGAUCUCCUAAAUCUCCCAAAUCCCCUAAGUCUCCUUCUCCUAGUAAGAAAUUUAAGAAGAGUGUCCCAGAACAAAUUCAAGAGACUCUUAAGAAGGAAGGCGCUACUCUUAACGAGAAUGAAAUGGCAGUGACUAAAGCUACACUAAACACCGGUAAAACCACCAUUCAAAAUCUUGAAGAAAAUAAAGAAGAAUCUAAAAUAGAUGAUACCCACAUUAAAAUUUUAGGAGAUGAACAUUCACUAACCAACAUCGAACUUUCAACUAGGCCUAAGCAAAAGGUAAAGCUCAAAAACCUCAAGGCUAGCCCUAAGACCAAGAAAUCUAAGUCUCCUAGGGCUUCAAAAGCAAAAUCCCCUAAGAGUCCUACCACUGGGAAGGACUCAAAGCCCAAAAAGUCGCCUAAAGAGAGUGCCUCUCCUACUAAAAAGAAGACUAAAAAUCAAAAAAUUCCUGAUUUCAACAUGGAUGAGCCAGCACAUUCCCCAAGCGGUCGAAGGAAGAGAGCUAAGCCCAAGAAGCAGAAGGGCAUCUUUGAUGAAUUUAGAAAGAGAAUUAAGACUAAAGCUCAAGGCGAGAAAACACUUAAGGAGAAAUCUCCCUCUAAAGCCCAACAAGAGCUGUUGAUGAGGAAUGCUAUUGAUGGCAACAUACAGUUAGAAGAGGAUAUAGAGGAGGCUAAGGAAGGAAAUAAGAUAGAUGAUCUUGAGAGAGGAGGAGCUAAUGAAGUCCUAGAGACAGAAGAUAGGCUGUUUACCUCUCAUGACAAUGAUCAGCUUGAUACAGAAAGAAAUCUAGCACAGGACUCUUCACAAGCUAACUUUGACAGUGAGAGCGAUAGUGAUAUUGAAAAUGCCCCUAGAGUCAAAAAUAGGUUAGAGGAAGAAGAGGACAUCAGAAAUCUUGAUAAUAAGAAUUACCCUAACGUUCUUGAAGAUAUUCAAGAACAUACUCUGUUCUUGCUGAGAGCUAUCUUUGAUGCUUUUGAUGAUCAAGGAGAUAAAAUUACUAAAUAUUUCAGAAAGAAUAGGUUCUCGAAAGCUUUACAAAUCAAAAGCGUGAAUUUGCUAGACUGCCCUGAAGAGUUACUUAGGGAAUUCCAAGAAUCAGAUUCCAAUAUUCUUGAUCCAAAUCAACUUGGAGAUUACGAUGAUGAGAACAAUAAAACUUUACUUGAAGGAAUGAACCAAGAUCUAUCAAUGCUCAACGGAUCAGAAGAAGAAGGCUCAAGAUAUGCAGGGCAAGAUGGACUUGAUAUCUGGGGAGCCAACGGAAGAAAAGGAAUCGACAAGUUUGGAAAUCUAGAAGAAUAUUCAGUAGAUACAGGAGAGACUCCUUGAGGUAUACAAGACCAAUCUAUUGGCUUUCUGGCAGUUGAUGAGGGCGAUAAGCCAUCUAACCUUGACUCAGAAUCAUUCGAUGCUUCUGGAAAGAAUGUUGUUGUCUAUGACAAAGAAGAUCUCACAAAUUUCAGUAAACACUUGGGUUUGAACCAAGUGAAGUUAAGACCUCUUCCUCAAUUUGAAGGACUUUACAGCAGUCCAGUUACUCCAAAGAAUAUAUCUAAGAAACCUAAAAACAAGAGUCUGGACAAACUAAACCAGUUGUCAGGAAUUUAUGGAAGUGAGCCAGCGAACUCAAUCAUCAACAGAAGCAAAGCUUUCGGAUUGCCCAUUCCUCUAAGCUUAAGGGACAGUUUGAAAAAGGAUAAGGGAAGAGUCCAUUCAUAUGAAGGAAGAGAUGAUAAUGUAAACUUUGGAAAAAGUAUUUUUGAUAAAGAUCCAAAAUCUCUUAGUCCUAAAGGGAGAAGAAAGAAGCUCACCGAAGAAGAAAAGGCAGCACGUAAGCUCAGAAAGAGGACAAAGAAGCUUGAGAAACAAGCUCUUGAAGAUAAGAAAAAGAAGUUCAGAGCUCUUGAUCUCAAUGCUAAAGCUUUAAAAGAAAAAGCUAAUUUAGCUAAGAAGAAAGCUAGAAAGAGAAUUGCUGGCAGAGCUAUUGAUUAUACAUUCUUCCUUGAUUAUGAGUCUCCUUAUGCGGAAUAUCUUCCAGCCAGAUACAGAGAAUGGCAGCCUAAAGAACCUAAGAAACCAGAGAAUAAUUUUGUUCAGCCUGGAUUAGGCCCUAUUGGAGAAAAGCUAGAUGAAGUUUCAAUGAUAUACAAACAAGAAAGAGAGCCUCAUUCCGCAAACAUGUCAAGAAUCAAAGGUAGAGACAAACCUCAUAAGAAUAAGUCAAGCUCAAAUCUUGGAGGAGAGUCUGCUUUUAGUUUUGCUAAGAACCUACAUCCGAAUCACAGAAAAAUUUCUUCUAAAUUCCAUAAGAACAGGAAGAGUAUAUCUCAAGAAAAGAGCGUUAAGAAGCCAGGCCUGAGGCAACCAAUUAUUCUGGACGAAUUCGAUGAUUCAAUCCAACUUGAAAGUGAAGAUGGAUUACAAGUAUUCAAGCCAAAGAAGGAAUCAAGAGAAGAAUCAAAACAUCAAGUAAACACUUCGUUGAUCCAAAGUGAAAGAGGACCUCAUCUUAUUCCAUCUGGAAUGGAUAUUGAAGAAAACAGUGACGGAGAGUCUCUUCGCCCAUUGUUCAAAUCAAAGAUGCCUCAUAAGAUAAACCCAGUUUCUGAACCCAAAAGCAGGCCAUCUUCUAAAGCAAGCGUUCAAGAGACACCUGGGUUGAUUACAUUCGGUGCUCUAAACAAUGUUGGCAAAGAAAGCGAGUUGUCAUCCCAAGGAGUUGAAGUCAUCCAGCCCGCUAGGAGAAAUGCUGCCUUAAGGCCAGAAGAAGAGCAGGAUGAGAAGAAAGAACCCAAAGAAGACUUCAACAUCAUAAAGAUUAAUUCAUUAUUCUAAUUGAUCAUCAACC